GGCGUAGGGUAGUCUGUAGCAGUGUUGUGGUAAUGGCGGCUGAAACAACAGAAGAAUGGGAGGAAAUGACAGUGAUGAUGGAGUUACCUGAUUUAGACAGUAGAAAACAAAGUGAAUCACACAUUCAAAUUCUGGGUUUGGCUACAGAAAAGCCAUUAAUAAAGAUCAAUAACCAGUUGUUUACAGCACAGCUCCAUAACACACUUGGUUCUCAUCUCCUUCUUGAAGUGGAGAACAACUCUGAUGUUAAAACACAGAAAACUCAGAAGAAAGUUAUAACAAAUAUGAUGGUCACAGAUAAAACGUUUAAACUGGAGCCAGUGUACCUUGAGAAAAAAUCUGAUCAAAAAGACGUGUAUGGCUUCGGAAAAAAACAUCAGCAAUCAAUGGGAAAAAGUGAUAGCUCUUGAUGUUCAAGCAUGGACUCUGACACUCUACUCAUCCUGUCCUAGGAAACUACCACUGAGGCUCAGGAGCUGCUCUGAUAAAUCUCAGUGUUGAUAGAAAGCAGUAACUGUAUGGCAGUACAAAGAGCCACUGAAGAUAAGAAUGAGGAAACGUUUUGUUAUUGAUAUCAUGCUUUUUUGUACAGAAAAGAUGUUCACUACAGUUGUGACUUGGAAAUAAAUGAUGAAGUUUCUUCGGUCU